UCUGUGCAUGUGGUAUCCGUCAAGUUGGUAGUAUGUAUUGCUAGGGAGAUUUGCCCUAGUAGGUCGUGAAGCCUGGUUGGGCACUUGUUAGCUUAUCAAUAAAAUGUGAUCUUCUUCUUAGACCAGUGUCUCCCUUUUUCACCUUUCCCUUCAAAGGCAUCUUCUGCGAUAUUAUAAUGGCGACGAGUACGGGAUCCGAAGCACGAAGAACUUUCACGAAACCAUGAAACGCUGCGCCAUUUGUAUCACGUUCCAGUUCAUCCAUGGAGUGCUCGAUGAUGACAUCCGUGACGAGAUUAUCACUAAACAGCCAGAUCAGUUCGAAGAAGCUCUCAAGAUCGCUCAAGCCCUUGAAGCAUCACAGGAGGCUUCCUCUCAUCUGAAACCAAACCAGCCAGCAACCGUUCACAAGUUCUACGAUAGCAAACCAAAGGUCAAGAAGAAGCAAUCAUCAAAUUUCCGUUCUAAAUCUCAACACCGCUCAAAUCAAGGUAACAAGCCAAACUUCUCUAGUGAUAAGCAGUCUUCGACUCAGCCAAAUCAAAGGAAGUUCAUCAAUGUCUCUUGUCGCUCUUGCAAUGUUGAGCAUGAAAGAAGGAAUUGUAGGUACAGACGCUCUAGGUGUAAUUACUGUAAACAUGUUGGUCAUUUGCUUGAAGUAUGUGGUAAAAAACCCACCAAUAACAUCAAUUUUCAGGAGACGGAGUAUCCUGAUACAGGUAUUUCGUACUUUGGAGCGUCCAUACAUAAGGUUUCUUCCACAGAUGAAUCCAUCCUUAACGCUCCACCACCCCCAACUUUUUUGGAAGUCAAAAUUAAUGACCAACUGAUCAAAAUGGAACUAGACACCGGUGGUGCUUGCUCCGUCAUCAAUGUCUUUAACUUCAAGAAACUGCUUCCAAACACUCUUUUACAUCCCACUACUAGGCCAUUUUUUAGUUUCACCAAGGAACCGUUUAAGUGUCUGGGGUACGCCAAAGUUAAAGUACAAUUUAAAAACAAAACCAAGUUUUUGAAUUUAUUUGUUGUAGAUUUUCCAUGCGACAGUAUUUUUGGUCGUGAAUGGAUCGUUCACUUUGCAGAAUUCUUGUCCUUUGAUAAACUUUACAGCGUAAAGCAAGUUCAAACAAGUAACCCCCACUUAACACCCAAUGUUCAACAUCGAUUGCAAAUACUCUUACAGAAACAUCAUCAAAUUUUUGAUGAAUCUGCUGGGACAUUAGAAGGUCCUCCUGAAAAGUGGCACUUAGACAAAGAUGCAAAACCAGUCUUCGCACGGGCUCGCCCACUUCCCUAUACUAUGCGUGAGGCUUACGCUCAAAAUAUUGAGAAAAAGUUACUAUCUGGCCACUAUAAAAAAGUCACACAUUCCAGAUGGGCUUCUCCAACUCAUGUAGUAGUGAAAAAUGGGAAACUAAGAAUUACCGGCGACUAUAAAUCAACCGUCAAUCCACAGCUGAUAGCAGAUGAGUAUCCGAUUCCCAAAGUAGAAGAAGUUUUUCAUGGAAUGAAAGAUGCCAAAGUUUUUUGUAAAUUAGAUGUAACUGAUGCCUUUAUGCAUCUCGUUUGUGAUGAUGAAUCGUGUGAAUUGAUGACCCUGAAUACUCCUACUCACGGUCUGAUUAGGCCCACCAGGGCACAAUAUGGGUUAACACCCGUCCCUGCUGUAUGGCAGCGUAGGCUCCAUUCGCAUCUUCAAGACAUUGAAGGCGCAACAAAUUUUUUUGAUGAUAUUUUGCUCUAUGCCAGUUCUGUAGAAGAAAUGUUUCUCAUUUUAGCCAAGGUUCUGGAUCGCCUAGAAAAGAUUGGUAUCAAACUCAACCGACCCAAAUGCCAGUUCUUCCUAGAUUCUGUUGAAUUUCUGGGCCAUAGGAUCGAUCAGCAUGGACUCCACAAACUGGACAAACAUGUUAAUGCUAUAGUAAACGCCGAAAAACCUCAAAACGCUGAUGAACUCCGAACAUUUCUGGGUAAAGUAACCUACUACCAUUCUUUCAUACCAGACCUCUCCACAAUCACUCAUCCUCUCAGAGAAAUACUGAAACAUAAAAUUUUCAGUUGGACUCAAGAAGGCCUUGCUGCUUUCAACAAACUGAAGGAAAUUUUGAUCUCUGACCAAGUAUUAACUCCAUAUGAUCCAAAACUGCCGAUUACAUUAGCAGUCGAUGCCAGUCCCUUCGCUUUAGGCGCAGUUUUAUCACACUCCCUACCGGAUGAAACGGAGAGACCCAUUUCAUAUGCGAGUAAAGCUCUAAAUAACGUGGAGAAACGGUACCCGCAGGUUGAUAGAGAAGCUCUUGCUAUUGUGUGGGGAGUAAAAAGGUUUUUUGAAUACUUGUAUGGUCGAAAAUUCACCUUGUAUACUGACAAUAAACCUGUGUCUCAUAUCUUCGCACCAAAUGCUCUCCUUCCAAAAUUUACUUUAUCUCGUUGUGCAAACUAUGCAUCCUACCUGUCCAACUUUAAUUACGACAUCAAAUUCAGGCGUUCAACUCAAAAUUGCAAUGCUGAUUAUUUGUCUCGUAUCCACAGCUUCAGUGUACCUUCCUCAUCUUUCGACGAUUUUGAUAUUUUUAUUCUCAACCAAAUUGAGCUACUUCCUGUAACGUCACAGCUAAUUGCAGCAGAAACAAGGAAAGAUCCACAACUUUCACCAAUUUUGCUAGCAAUCCAACAAGGGAAGGACUUAACCUCACUUGGCUACACCGGACGGCAAGCAGAAUAUACGCAGGCUUGUGAUUGCCUUCUAUGGGGUCACCGUUUAGUAAUUCCAGCUAAAUUGCAAAAAAGAAUAUUAGAAGAAUUGCAUCUUGCGCACUCUGGCAUUACAAAAAUGAAAAGCCUUGCCAGAUCAAUCGUGUACUGGCCAAACAUCGAUCAAGAUAUUGAGCAACUCGCUAAAACCUGUGAGGCGUGUCUCAGUCACAGCAAAGCUCCUCCAAAAUUCUCGCAUCCAUGGGAAUACCCAACAGCUCCUUGGGAGAGAAUUCACAUAGACUACGCAGGUCCAAUUUGUGGCAAAUACUUGCUCAUCGUAGUGGACGCUUACUCCAAAUGGUUACAGGUUUUCCCUUCUCAGUCCAUGACUAGUGAAGCAACCUGCAAGCUACUCUCAAACACAUUCUCCCUGUUCGGUGCUCCGGUCACAGUCGUCUCGGACAACGGUCCUGCUUUUGUCUCAAACCAUUUUCAACAAUUCCUAAAAUCACAAGGAAUCCUAUUUCACAAAAAAAUAGCGCCAUACCAUCCGGCAACCAACGGACAAGCAGAGCGAGCGGUACAAACCGUCAAGAAUUCUUUAAAAUACAUGGCGGCAACAAUCCAUACCCUCCAAGACUCCUUAAACACCAUUGUCCAACGAUAUAAUAGAACACCUCAUCAAGCAACGGGACAACCGCCCUCCUUACUCUUCAUCGGCAGAACUACCCGAACUCGGCUUGAUGCUAUGCAUCCGAAUCUCAAAAUCAUGGUUAAUCAACGACAAGACAACAGCUUUCCAAAGAAGCUCCGUUCCUUCAGAAUAAAUCAAGAGGUUAUGUUUCGGUCAUACAAUAGUCCGAAACCCUGGCUGCGAGGUGUGAUUUCUGCAAAACUCGGUGCCUUGCACUACCUGGUCAAAUACAAAAACCAAGAACACAAGCGUCACAUUGACCAAUUACUGUCUUGCGGAAUCACUCUUGACCACCCUUCACCGUCUAAUUGCAACACUGAUGUUCCGAAUGCUGCUGAUGCAACGACCAGAAAACGGGUAAAAUUCUUUCCUGUAUCCAACGCAACCUCUAGCCCUCAACCGGAGUCAACUUUUAUUCAAACCUCACCACUUGUUCUUUCUGAUAGGUCAAACUCAACUCCUUGUACAACUUCACAUGAUGAAAUUUCAAACUCAGCUAUUCAAUCUUCUCCGAAGAACUCGGCUAUUCAAUCUUCUCCGAAGAACUCAGCUAUUCAAUCUUCUCCGAAGAACUCAUCCAUUCAAUCUUCUCCGAAGAACUCAUCUAUUGAAUCUUCUCCGAAGAACUCAUCUAUUGAAUCUUCCCCGAAGAACUCAUCUAUUCAAUCUUCUUCGAGGAACUUAUCAAUUCAAUCUUCUCCGGGAAAUUUAUCUACUCAACCACAGUCUACUUCUAACCAACCUUCGCAAAAAGGCUCACCGACCCAGUCAACUUCAGAUUCUAGCUCUUCACCCGAUGUUUCACCACAACAUCUCAAGUCACCGAUUAGUCAACAUGCAGAAUCCUCUAGUCAAUCUAUCAACGUUACUCCUAAAAAUGUACCUAUAUCAAAACCCAACAAAGGUCGAGGCAGAGGUGUUUCUAAAACCACCAAAAAACAAUUUUCAGUUAAACCUGGUGUUUCGACUUUUGGUCGCAUUGUUAAACCUAAGGAACCAUACUCUCCAGAGUAACAAAUUGAAUUAUUGCUCUUUCUCUGUAACACUGUUAAAUAAUUUUCAGAUUUUUAUUUUUCUGUCCCAUUAGAAAAAAAUUUAUUAACAUAAAUUUUUUUUCUUCGCACUCUUGCGGAGAUUGUGGUAUCCGUCAAGUUGGUAGUAUGUAUUGCUAGGGAGAUUUGCCCUAGUAGGUCGUGAAGCCUGGUUGGGCACUUGUUAGCUUGUCAAUAAAAUGUGAUCUUCUUCUUAGA